UGAAAAGAACAGACCAUAUGACUAAUAGCUUAUUGUAGAAGGCCCAUAAAGAACAGAUUUUCUUAUUGGGUGACGUAAGGAGCGUGACCUUCCGUAAUAUUUGGUUGCUUCAAAUUUUACGAUGAUUUUGUGUCUUCAAUAGUGCUUUAUCUAUGACAAUAUGCGUUGACGAUAAAGCAGUUAUCGGCCAUCUAUCAAGAGUACGAGUUAAGGUUUAGGUGAUGUACGCAGCGUAUUAUGAUAAUUUAUUGGAAGUAGAUACGUGAUUUUUUUAUUACAAAAUGGAACCAAAGAUAAUUGUUUUGAGCUUAUUCAUAUUCUUUUUCCUUGCAACAUCGGCCAGUGACACUCAAAAUACACCGAAAAAGAAAUCAUGGCGCGACAAGGAUAUACGAGAUAUGACAGAAGCAGAUUUGGAACAUUUGUUGGAUCAGUGGGAAGAAAAUGAUGAACCUUUAGAACCAGAUGAAUUGCCAGAGCACUUACGUCCCAGUCCAAAAAUAGACUUGUCUAAGAUAGAUACUACAAAUCCAGAUAAUUUACUGAGAGUAACCAAAAAGGGAAAAGGUGUUAUGAUGUUUGUGGAUAUGAGGCAAGAUAUUUCAGAAGAGCAAGCUGAUGUUGUGAUGCGUAUUUGGCAGACUAGUUUGCAAAAUAAUCAUAUCAUUGCAGAGAGGUAUCCAAUAGAUACUAGAAGAUCAAUAUACAUGUUCCGCGAUGGUUCUCAGGCUGUUGAUGCUAAAAAUUACUUGCUAGAGCAACCUGAACUAUCUCAUCUCACUCUUGAAGGGCAGACUUAUUAUAGGGAUAGUCAACAACAGGCUGCAGUUGAUGAAUUGGUAAAGAAGCAAACUGCAAAAGCGAAACAAACCAGGGUUGAUCUGUAACAUUAUGUAUAUGAUGUCUCAGUGUAAGCAUUUCUCAAAUAUUUCUACUUAAAUCUAUUUAAAUAUUUCUACUUAUAUAUUUCUAAAUAGAAAUUUUUUUGGACAAUAUUUUUUCUACAUUUGUUAGUGAUGUAAUUUAUUUAAGGGGCACAGUGUUAGAUGUGUUCCUACUAAAAUAUAUGGACUGAAUAAAAUGGUUCUUAUGCUA